CCCCCCUUCCAAAGUCAGUUGGUUCGGUGCUAGAGAGGAGAGAGGACGUUCACGAUUUUCUCUCUCUUUUUUAAUUUCUUUUUUUUCGUUAUUUAAUAUAUUGUGUGUGUGUGAGUGAGUGUGUUUAGAGAGAAAGAAAGAAAAAAAAAAUAUCCCAAAUGUUACACUCGUGAAUUAUCUCUAAGGGAUUGUUAUAUCGUUAAAUUUUUGAGGGAGAAAGAAUUAAACACGUGGCUGUGAGAGAUCGGCCAUUAAAAAGAACAAAACGUUGGGCUGCAGAAUAUUUCCGCACAAGACACGUGUUGAUGUAAUGAGUCAUCGCCUUUGAUUUCUUUCUUUGGGUUUGAAAUUUCUGCCGAUAUAAAUCUAUUUGUGUGUGGGUUUGAUUUUUUGAGAGAGAAAGUCAUGGGUUCGUUGAGACACGAGUCUCGCCAUUUGCUUUACCCACCCCAGCAACGCAACAGUCCAGUGCCUUCGUCGACUGCCAUCAUGACGAGUCCGAUUUCCGUAUUGGCCGCCCAGUUGAAGAAUAGCACAUCAUCGAGUCCGUCUGCCGGAUGCAAAGAGCCCAACAACGAGUCGAUGGAUUCCGGGGUGGCUGGUCUUCGCGAUGGUCUGACGACGCCCCAUGGGGGUUCGCCCACUUCCGCUACGAGCAGCAGUAGCAGCAGCAGUCACGUUCUGCUCAACCACCAUCACGCUUCUCAGCAGCAGCAGCAAUCAGCAUUGGCCACCACCCCGUCAUCCACCCUGCUGCUGCCACCAGUUCACGAUGACGGACUUCAGUACAUUGUCGACCGGAGCAAAAAUACAACUUACCUCAAAGGCAGAUUCCUGGGAAAGGGUGGAUUCGCACGGGUCCAUGAACUGACGGAUUUGACGACUGGACAUGUCUACGCGGGUAAAAUCAUCCCAAAAUCGCGCAUCACCAAACCUCACCACAAAGAAAAGAUCGCCAGGGAAAUUGAACUGCAUCGCAACUUGGUUCACCUCAACGUGGUUCGAUUCUAUCACUGUUUCGAGGACUCUGAAAAUGUCUACAUCAUUCUGGAGAAUUGUUCCAAAAAGAGUCUAGUGCACGUGAUGAAACAUCGUAAAACGUUGACGGAGCCUGAAGUUCGUUUUUACUUGCGCCAGCUGGCCGACGGUCUCCGCUACGUCCACGGCGCUCGAAUCGUUCACCGUGAUCUCAAGCUGGGCAACAUGUUCCUCUCUGAGAACAUGACGGUCAAAAUUGGCGAUUUCGGAUUGGCCGCCCGCCUCCACGCCGAAACUAAAGUGACGAUAUGCGGAACGCCGAACUAUAUCGCGCCGGAAGUGUUGAGUCGCCAAGGACACGGAUACGAAGCCGAUCUCUGGGCCAUGGGCUGCAUCAUGUAUGCCAUGUUGGUUGGGCAGCCGCCGUUCGAGACGUCGACGUUGGCCGAGACGUACUCGCGGAUCGCCCACAAUAUGUACGUGAUUCCUCAAUGGGUGUCUCGUCCGGCUCGCUCGUUGAUCCGCCAGUUGUUGGCCCCCGAUCCGGCCCACCGCCCCACGUUGGAUCAGGUGCUGAAACACGAUUUCUUCACCAGCGGAUUCAUGCCCGUCUCACUGCCGCCGUCGUGCUGCUCCAAAGCCCCGACGUUCGCCUCCAACGACAGCGGAAUCAAGUCGGACGGAGAUUCCACUAAUGAGAAUACCAGUCCGUUAGCGCCGCAUCACCUCCGCGUCCCGUCUAGUUUUCAAGGCAACAGAUCACGCCCGGAAUCCGUCAAGGUUCCCAGCAAUGGUAAUAACCAGAGUCAAAAGGAUCAACGCGUUGCCAGAAGUCACAGUUUGAAGGAGACGCCGGCCUGUCGGAAGGAGAAGAAAGAGGCUCAACAACAACAACAACAGCAGCAGACGCAACAACAACAACAGCAGCAGCACAGAGGUCUUCCUGGUUCUUUGAAGCAAAAGAUAACCAACGUUUUGUGUCCCGAUCGAACGCCCGACGACCACAACAAUAAGGAGCCGAGCGGAAGGGUUGGCCCUCCGCCUCCUCCAACAUCUGCAGCACCUGCCGUACAACAACAACAGCAACAACAACCGUCUUUGUACACCGCCUUAGAUUCUUGCCUUUAUCACGCAGCCCAAGUUCCGUCGAACCCGUGCCCGGUGCCGUGUAAUCCGCUCUUCAUUUCCAAAUGGAUCGACUACUCGAACAAGUACGGCUUCGGUUUCCAGCUGUCUGACAGAGCCGUGGGCGUCCUGUUCAAUGACAGCACCAGGAUAAGCUACUCUGGCGACCGGAAUCGCUUGGACUUCCAAGACGCCACCGGAAAGACGAGUAGCUACAGUCUGAACGCUCUUCCAUCGUAUCUGAUGGAGCGGCUGACUCUCCUUCGCUAUUUCGCCCAAUAUAUGGAUGAGAAUUUGACGGAAGGAGGCGACAGCCAGCAGCAACAGGAACAGGCCUCGACGACACCGUCGACGUCGCCCGUGCACAGACGUCGAUCCUUUGUCCACAUGAAGCGUUGGGUGCGCACGCCCAAGGCUAUCAUUAUGCAAUUAGACAAUAACACGCUCCAGAUCAACUUUUUCAAAGAUCACACCAAGAUCGUCUUGUCGGCCGACACGACCUCGACGUCGGCCGUCACCCAGUAUUGGGUAACUUACAUCAACAGCGACCGAUUGAGCGCCACCUACCGUUUGGUGGACAUUUCCCAACUCGGUUGCGAAUCUACGCUGCGCGAACGACUCGUCUUCGCCCUGACGGUGUUGCGCGAAUUCGCCGAAUUGGACGGCGACAAAAUCUGAUCUCUCUUCCUCCGCCCACCAAAAGAUAAAAAAAAAAAAAGAGGAGAUAUGAUGAGAAACAAAACGACAACAAAAAUUACCCCCAUUUGUGUUCAAUCACGUAGCACCACAACUACCUUGUGUGUAAGAGUAGAGAGGACGAAUUCUUUUUAUUUCGUUCCUCUUUACGACUCUUUUUUCAACUGCAAUCAUCGGCGAAAAAUGUUUGGUUUCCACGUCGCGUUCAUUGAUCUCGUUUCGCGACCCUUCUUUCCAUCUUUCUCUCCACCAGCUCCUUCCUUUUCCUCCUUUCAUAUUCUUUUACGUUUAUUUUUUCUCUUUGUAACGAAUAAUGAUGAUUCGACUCUUCUAGAUUGGCGCCACUCGUGCAACUUUUUUCUCCUUUUUUCCAGUAAAAAUCAUGUUGAUGCAAAAUUCGAUUAAUGCCUUUGUUUCUGUCUUGUAAAUCAGCGUUUGUCUUUCUCUUGCCCUUUUUCAUUUAAGAAGCUAAAGAAUUAAUUAAUUAAUCAUGAUUAUGGAUACGAAAUUUUUCAUCCUACCACAUCCUCCGCGCUAGCUGGUUAAAAAAAAAAUAAUAAUCCUCCUCCCAAACCCUAUCCAUCCCCAAUUAGCCCCCCAGCUAGUCAGCUGUCAUUUCUCAUCUUCCAGAAGAAAUUCAUCACGCUACUCUUUUUUUCUUCUUUCAUUAUUUUUUUUAAUGUGCCCUCUUAAAAAAUUAGUUUAUUAUUUUUUUUUAUUUUUUUUAUUGUUAUAAAUAUUCCCCCCUUAGGUCUUUCAUGGAAAAAUCGAAACGAUGGUACACUCCCACCUCCUCCACUACUACGUGUGUGUGUGUGUCCGUUUCGACUUUGGGGUUUAAAAAGGCCAUCGUUCGCUUUGGUUCUUUAAACACACAUAUACCAUCCCCCCCCCUCUUCCCAUCCUCUUAUUGUAUGUGCAUGUUUCCGGUCUUUUCCCUCUGUGUGUGUGUUUCGCCGGUUACGUGUGAGAAGAAAAAAGAAGAAGAAAAGUUUUUUGAAAAAAAGAAGAAAUCAAAUAAUAAAAGAAAUUGUGUGUGUGUGUGUGUGUGUGUGUAAGAUAGACACACACAUAGACACACAGCCCGUAACCAAGGAAUCAAGAACAUAUCGUGAGUUGUGCGGGCUAUACUAAAACAAACAAAAAAAUUUUGGGGGGGUGGUUUAAGAAUGGGGUGCAAAGAAAUUAUGUUUUUUUUUUUCUUUUCUUUUCCAAUAUUUUUGUGUGUGUUUUUUCUUUCUUUCAGAAAAACAAAAGAAAGAAGAAAAAAUAAUGUUGGUCUCUCCCGAUCAUGUUUCAAUCGGUUUCAAUUGCGAAAUGUGUGUCACUCCUUAAAUUUUUGUUUCUUUUCUUCCCAUGUUUUGUUGUCCCACGAAAUGAUGGAAAAUGAUCGUGUUCUGAUUUUGUCUCUGUGUGUGCGCGUUUUUGUUUUUUUGUCUCUAAUUUUUGUUUCGUUUUCUUCUCCCGCGUGCUAUUGGCUAGCGCUCGGUCCCGCCAUUUCGAUUCUACAACCGAUUGACGUGUUGUUUCGCUCAGCGCCCUCCCCCCCUCUCAAUCCUCCUCCCUCUCGGUGUAAUCGAUAAAUGAUGAUUGCGUGUGAGAGUUUAAAUAAAAAACAAAAAUUGUUCCGCU